CGGCCAUUUUUAUCCUAUCCUUCCUUCUCUGCUCGUCGGUCCUUCGAUUCCACUUUUCUUUAUUCGCUUCUUCCACUUUAAUUUCUCUCUCUCUCUCUCCGUUUGCUUGCUUCGAUCCUUCUUACUCUCGGAGUUGCCUCUCGUUUUAGAUCUAAUUCCAGUGUACAUAUUCCACGCGCACGCCAACUGUCCGCGAACGUUCCUCGGAGCCUUGGGCCUCGCGCGAAGCUCCGGUUCGGCGAUCGGAGGUGAAAUUCGGCGUCGGCGAUUGGUUUCUCGCUCGAGACUUUGAUAGACGAGGCAUGGGUUCAUUACAAGGACCGGUCAUUUGUCCCAGCGUCCGUGCGAAGCAAGCUGGUGCCUACACUGUCCCUGUCACUUCCCCAUUCAUGAAGCCUAAGCUUCUUAGAAGUGAACUGUGGGGAUGCAGGGAAUCUUUUAGAGCUAAAACUAAAGUUGCUACUGUUACUCGCCUAUCAAUUGCUCGUAGAUGCCGGGCCCCACGGUGCAGCUUCAGUUCUUCCUCGGAUGGUAAUGGAAGCACUGCAGAGAACUUCAAUGAAAAUGACGAAGAUUAUGUCAAUUCCAGCAUUGUUGAAGCUGUCGAGGUGAAGAGUGGGGCAGAAGGUUUCACGAUUAAAAUGAGGGAUGGAAGGCACUUAAGAUGUGUCCAUAACAAUCCUCAAGGGGGACAUCUGCCAGAUUAUGCUCCUCAUCCUGCUAUUGUCCUAAAGAUGGAAGAUGGGACCGGUCUUCUCCUCCCUAUAAUUGUUUUGGAGAUGCCGAGUGUUCUUCUCAUGGCUGCUGUGCGGAACGUUCAAAUUGCUAGACCAACUUUAUAUCAAGUGGUUAAGGAAAUGAUUGACAAGAUGGGAUAUGAGGUCAGACUUGUCAGAGUCACUAAGAGAGUUCACGAGGCAUAUUUUGCUCAGCUAUAUCUUACAAAGACGGGCAACAAAUCCGAAUUUGUCAGCUUUGAUCUCCGACCUUCAGAUGCCAUCAACAUUGCAGUAAGAUGCAAGGUGCCAAUACAAGUGAACAAAUAUUUGGCUUACAGUGAUGGAAUGAAAGUUAUCGAGUCAGGCAAGCUUUCAGUGCAGACCCCUGGAUCGGAUGGGUUGUUGUUCACAGAACUUGAUAGGCCCAGUGGUCAGCCAUGCAUUGAGACAAAAGAGUUUGAUCUGGUUCGCAACAUGCUCAUAGCUGCUGUAGAGGAGCGCUACACAGAUGCUGCUCAAUGGAGGGACAAACUAAGCCAGCUGCGAGCUAAAAGAAAUUUCACAUGACACGAAAAGGUGAUGUUGCCACGAGUUCGAACUGUACAUAAACAUUAUUCGAAUCCGAUGAGGACGCCAUUUCGAGUAGUCCGUCAUGUCUGCUCCCCCUGCCUCCUAUAUGUAUGUAACAAUGUUUGUGAAUAUAUAUGUAUAGAGACGAAUUCCCAACUGUUAAUGCUACGGUAAAUGUGAAUGUGGUCGAUUGAAGUCGA